CCUCCACUUAGGAGCUAGCUUCGCAACCGGCUACACGUAAGAGCUGAAAAAGGCGAUGCUUGAGUCGGUGCAUAAGCCGAUGCUGUCGUUCGCGGUACGCCGGCGUGAUCCGGAGCUCGUCGGCCCAGCUUCCCAGACACCCCGGGAGACGAAGCGCAUGUCUGGCCUCGACAACAUGGACGUUCUACGCAUGCAGGCGUCGUUGGCCCUCUUUUACCGUGGCGGAGAGGGAGACGACCCGGCAGCCAUCAUCCGACGCGCGCUGGGCCAGGCGCUGGUGCACUACUACCCGCUGGCCGGUCGGCUGAGGGAGAUUGAGGGUCGGAAACUGGUGGUGGACUGCACCGGCGAGGGGGUGCUGUUCGUGCAGGCCGAUGCCGACGUGCAGCUGGCAGAUCUGGAGGCGGUGGGGCUCAGGCCGCCGUUCCCUUGCUGGGACCAGCUGCUCUUCGACGUGGAGGGCUCCAGCGGCACGCUUAACUGUCCCUUGCUGCUCAUCCAGGUAACGCGUCUGUUGUGCGGAGGCUUCGUAUUGGCGCUCCGAUGUAACCACGUCAUGUGCGACGCAAUCGGCAUCGCCCAGUUCAUGAACGCCGUCAGCGAGCUCGCUCGUGGCCUCCCGUCCAUUAGCGUGAAGCCCAUGUGGUGCCGCGAGCUGAUCGAGAUGCGCAACCCGUCCAAUCCAGGCACCUUGCCCGACAUACCCGAAGUGCCGAUGGUCGAGCGUUCUUUCACUGUCCGCGCCUCGGAUGUGGCCGCCAUGAAGAAAUGCCUCCCUCCACUCCUCCGUGACACGGCCACCACCUUCGAGAUUCUUGCCGCGUUCCUCUGGCGUGCUCGCACCACGGCGCUUGACAUCCCGCCGGGCGAGCAUGCUCCGCUGGUCAUCGCCGUCAACUUCAGGGGCGACGCUGGGGCCGGGAUUAGCCUUCCCGCGGGGUACUACGGCAACGCGGUUGCGACCACGACGGUUCCAGCCGACGCUGCGGUGCUGCGCCGCGGCUCGCUGGGUGACGCUGUGGCGCUGGUGCGGCUGGCCAAGGCCGCGGGGACCACUGAGUACUUUCGUUCCAUGGCCAACGGGGCGAAGGUGCGCGGCCUGCGCAGCUUCAAUCCGGCCAACUUGCUUGCGAUCUCUGACACCCGAAAUAUCGGGUUUCACCGCGUCGACUUCGGCUGGGGCGAGCCGGUCUUCGCUGGCCCAGUUAGCACUUUUUUCACCAUGUGCUACUUCAUCCGUGUUAAGGAUCGUGAUGGGGAAGACGCAUUUGUUAUGCCACUCAUGCUGCCACGGCUGGCAAUGGAUCGCUUCGCGGCUGAGGUCGAGAGGUCAUUGCUUGAUGAUGCUAAUCACAUGUAA